UGGAAUGAGUUUGUAUGUUGAUAGUCGUAAUUUUGGCGUGAUGUCUCAUGUUGAAUUCCAAAACUUGGUUCUUGAAAUUCUGGUACACUUGGUUGACGCAUUCGACAAUUUUUCCUCCAAUCAUUUUCUUCUUCGUCGUCUGAAAAGAAUUGUCGUCGUUCUUGACGCAGAGGAGUUUGAUUGUCGACCAUUCUUCCUGAUGUUGAUCCUUGUACACUAGGCGCUCUUGGUGAAUUAUUGCUAUUGCUUUCUGUCGUCAUUUGCCGAAUUACUCUAUAUGCUUUGAUGCGGUUGAUUACUUCAUUUGCUCUGUCGACCAAUUUCGAAACUGGCCACUGCUCUGCAUUUUCCAAGUUCUG